GGUCGUGUGUGCAUCAAUCACUAUGCCCCUCUCUCCUCCGACUGCAAACAUCACGCACACAGAGCCGUGAGGGCGAGGCCACCCACGGUGCUUCAUGUGGAUCCUGAUAUGCUCACGUACCUGGCCGGCCCCUCUGAUUUGAUCAGGUACGUUGAGCUGUCCGCCGUCCUUGCCCAAGGCGGCGAGCACAAUCAUGAUGACGAUAGUGAGGCAGAUGAGCCCGCACAGCAUCUGGAUGCACCGGUCCGACACGGCGUUGCGGGCGAUGGUCCGCAUGGUGGCCUUGGCGCGUGUCAGGUUGUUCUCGAUGUCGUGCAUCUGGUCGUGGAUGCGCGCCAUCUGGUCCGUCUGCUGAUCCAGCCGCUGGACCACCUGCUGACCCACCUGCUCAGCGUCACCUGAACCAAACCAAACCGGACAUUUAAAUGAGUGUUGUGAGUGCUGUGUGCUAUCUAUCUGCCUCGUGUGCUGUGCAAAUCAAUCCGCACCGAUCAUCCGCUUCGUGCGGUCGAGUGACUGCUGUGUCUUGUCCUGCACCCUGUCGCCCGUGUCGAUGAUCUGCUGGGCGUUCAUCUGGUCCACGUCUAUGACCUCCUCCCCCACAUCCACAGCGCCGCCCGUGAGCUGCUCCCGGUCCAGCUCGUUCUUCUUCCACUCCAACUGGUUGAGCAGCAUCUUGAAGUCCCGCAUCCGCUCGUCCAGGUUGGCCUUGUGCUGCCGGGCGUCCUCUGGUGCCAGGCUGCGCAUCUCCAGCUGGUAGGCCUCGCGCGCCGUGCGGACCUGCUGGGCGAUGAAGUCGCAGUCCUGGAUGCGGGACCGACGCUGGCUCUUGUCCGCCUGCGAUACGCUCUCGAUGGCAUCACGCAGCUCGUCCAGGAGCUUCAACAGCUCCCGGGACUGGCCUUCCGCCAUCCAACAGUCAAAUUAGCGAGCUGUGGGAGCAAUCACACUUCUCGUAAGCGCCCUGAAGCACAGCAGACGUUCUGAAACGUUGAAG